AUGGGGUCGCUGUGCUUGUGGCUGUGGGUCCCUCAGGAUGACUGGCCUGGACCAGACUGCUGUGAGCUCUCUGCUUUAUUCCUGCAGAACGAGCCCGGCGUUCCUCCGGAGAAGUGGCAACAGAAAAGAAUAGUCCGGCAAAAGGAGAAAUCAAGAAGCAAUUUACUGAAGAGUGGGUUUCAGUUCAUUGACAGAUUUGUGGAGUUACUGAAGGAAAUGGAGGAUGUGCCCAAGGACACCAAAAAGAAAUACCUGCAGAAGAUGCUGCACGCGAUAUUCUUCUUCGGACAAAUACAUGCGAUUCCCAUAGAGCCCAGAGAGUUUUUACCUGAGUCUCAUCAAGAUACAUUCAGAUGUCUCUACCCAGCACCAUUUCAGCAGUGUACAACUCAUCUUCCCACCAAAACACCUUACUCCAUCCUUCUUGAUUACGUGACAGAAGUGAAACGAUUCACUACCCCCCAGGAGCUAAUGAGCUUUCUGCAGAGCUUUAAUGCGCAACUGUGGAAUCAAUCACCGGAGGGACCUCAUGCACUGAAUGCCACUGAAUUCACAUUUACAGCCUCAGUUAUCGCUUGCUGCUUCUACAGUGAUCCGCAGGGUGGCACUGACCUCCACCACUUCUAUGGCGCUUCCCUCUCAUGUAAGGGGCUCCACGAAAGACGCAUCAUGAUUGAGUUGUCCUCUAUAAAAACAUGGCACAAGGCCAUGGCCUAUGCAGUGCAUCAUGGGAACACUGGCCUGGCCAUCACCUUCCCUGAGGGGGUGUGGAGCCAGGCCUUUCAGUUUAAUGUUGAAGAACAAAAGUAUCAGGAGAAGUCCCCCUGUGGGAAGUGUCAGCAAAUGUUUAGGAAUGUGAACUUUUGGCCCCCUCCCAACACCCCCGCAACCGGGGACAAGUGGCAAUAUGGGAACUGCGCUGAGGUGGAGUCCUUGAGCAAGCUCCUGCUGGGGACCAGAGUGGUGGAGGAGGGGGUUCGGUCAACAAGGACACCCCCUCUGCCAAACAGCUAUGAAGCCAUAGAGAGGGACUUCACAACUAGCAUUGAGGAAGACAUUAAAAAAAGUCUUAUUAAGAGGCUGCGGUCAAGACAGUUCAAGGCCAAGACAUUACAGUUUUUCAAUCUCCAGUGACUGCGCAUGGCAGUGAUGGGGGAGUCAAGCUGGCAUUCUGUGCAGCUCAGGCACCCUCCUGAUUGGGGGUUGUUGCAGGGGUCACAGGCUGCUCUGGUUCUACUUCCCCCUCCAACACAGACCACAGCAGCAGAGACUGCCCAGAGUGCAUAUGCUAUACCCUUCAGCCCUGCCCCUCCCUGGUGCUUAAGCUUGCAACUGGUGUACAGGGUCUGUGUGCUGGAGGGAGCAUGCCCCCCAGAGUCUAACUGGAUAAGGAUUGUGGUAGAGGGGGGCACAGCUCAUGGGUCUCUGAAGCUGUUUGACUGGUACUUCAGCCUACGCCACCUCCUGACCCUCUAGAAGAAAAGAGAAACAAGGGGGACUUGCUAAGGCUUUAAUGCAGCUCCUGGGUCCAGGCUCUCCACUGAGACCCCAGUUACUAGCCUAUCACACUAACACUGGCAGCUGCGUUUUCUUUGGAGCCUGUCAGUGCUUGUGGGAGGCUCCAUUUAGAACCGGUCCCUUCCUGCAAUAGAGCUGCAAUCUUGGACCCCAUCUAGUCCAUCCCCAGGGCCCAAUACACGACUGCUUCUUAUUGCACAUUCUCUAGUGCUUCAACCAGCCCUUUGCUUGGGGAGGGGGCUAUUCCACAGCCUGAGUCAUCUCCCUGGCAAGAACUUUUCUCCCAACUUUCCCUUUUCUUGAUAUCAUCUCCUUCCCCGGUGUUUAUUCUGCAUGGGUCCCCUGGGCACAAUUCUGCUCCCUCCCAGAUGUUCACACCCUUCAGACAUUUAGCUGGUGAUGCUGCUUCGCACCUAAUCUAACACUCACAGCUCUCACUUGGCCAGCGGCACUCUCUGAGGAUACCGUAGCUAACAGAGCCAUGGGGGACACCUUUAGAGUUCAGAGACGGUCAGUGACAGACAGCCAACUGUGAAUUCCCCAUUACCAGAAACUGUCAUGAGCCUGGAGUGAGACCUCCUCUCUUUGCACAAACUGUCCCUCGGGCUGCAGAGUGUCCAAGCCCCACCUCCCUGGACAAGGAUCACCAAGUAUAGUACACCCUCACUAUAACACCCUGCGCAAUAGCAAACCUGGUCCCUGGAUCCCACCUCCAGCCCCGCCCAGGGGGCAGAGAGCUCCACCUGCCCUGAGGUCACAGCAGGGCAGAUUGCUCCUCCAGCCUCAGAGCCCCAGGUGUGGUUCCGGGACCAAAGGAGCUCUCAGCAAUGCUGCAGGGCUUGAGGUGUCAGCCCCUCCCAGCAGGGCUCUUUCCCUAUAGCAAACCCCUAGCUAUAACGACCAAAGGGGUUCAUUAUAGUAAGGGUGUACUGUAUGCUCCCACUUAAGACCAGGCUCUUCCUCCUCACUUGGUGGAUGAUGCUUCCCCUUCUUACACAGAAACAGAGCUCUUGUGUGUCUGGCACCUCGGGACUGCAGCCGGCUGUACUGGAAAUGCAGGUGGUGGGCAUGAAGGUGGCUUUAUAUUAGACUGUAAACUCUUCUGCUGCGGGACCUGUUCUUCCGAGCUGUUGGUACAGCACCCAGCCCUUAGGUGCUAAUGCAAUGCAAACAGUACAAGUUUGGUCUAUCGGAUAUGGGUUUGGAGUCCUGUGCAGAUUGAAUGUUUUUGCGUAUGUAAAUAAACUCACCUGGUUCUACCUAACCUAUCUGAAGUUUUGGGGCAGAGACCUGUGCAUCUGGGAAGCCCCUCACACACCUUCUGGGGCAUUAUAACAACAGUUUUGUAUUUGUGGCCUGCCUUAAAGUGGCCUGCCCUCGGAAGACACAGCAUUAAACCAGAGGGAGAAGGAACUACAUUCUACUCUUUAAUAAACUGAGAGCAAUGUUUAGUCCCUAACAAACCCCUCCCCAGAGCUCCUGCCUGCAGAUGGGCUCCAGCGGGCAGGCCCAUUACCUCCCAGCCUAGGAGCAGCAGCCCAGGGCCAGCAGUCAAAGCGGAAAAGGAUGGGGCAGGGGUGCUCCAUCAGCAAGGCUUCCAAAGACAGGGGAUUCAUGGGACAAAGGUACCCUAGUAAACACAAGGCUGUGGUCUCUGCACAUCCCAGCCCCCACCUCGGCAAUACGCUCUUCCCACCCCAGGGGGCAAGCAGGCUGACUGACAGUCUGGAACGAAUGGGAGAAAGUCCUGAGUUCAUAGUUUACUUUGCAAUUCAA